GACAAAGCCAUUCUAAGAGCUUUAUUGAAAGGUCAAAAUGCACUUCCCAAGCAUCAACUCAGCCUUGCUUUAGUUUGGGACCGAGCAGACAUUGCAAAGUCAGAGAUUUUUGCUGAAGAUAUCAAGUGGAAGACCUGUGACUUAGAGAAUACGAUGAUGGAAGCCUUGUUACAGGAUCGAGUUGAGUUUGUCGAACUCCUUCUGGAAAAUGGUGUCAGCAUGUCACAUUUUCUGACAGAAAAACGCCUGGAAGAGUUGUAUAGAAAGACCAUGGACGUCAGUUGCACUCUUAAAUAUAUGUUAGAGAAAUGCAAAGUUCAACAUUCUUUUGUUUACUCUGAUCUGGGUAAAAUUGUGGAUCAUCUUUUGGAUGUAACGUUUAAUUUUGCCGACAGCGAACACCAGACAGACUUUCUAAGUCAGAGUCUAAAUAUCUACAACGCCUUCCUCUUAUCGCCUGCCAGUGGUUCGAACCUUGAACACACGUUACGUUUCAAAACACCGUUCCACGAGCUUCUGCUUUGGUCUGUGCUGUGUAACCGUCGCAAGAUGGCUUUAUUCAUGUGGGAGCGAGGCGAAGAAAGUCUUGCUAAGGCUUUGAUAGCUGGGCAGUUGUUCAAGGCGAUUGCGAAGGAGAUGUCUAAGGAUGACUUGAUGGAUGAUCUUUGUGAGGGAUUAGAACGAAAUGCCAAAGAAUUUUACGACAUCGCACUUGGUYUACUGGACGAGUGUUAUCGUCUACACGAAGACGCGACUCAAAAGCUACUCACCUAUCAUCUUGGAUACUGGGGAGGUCAAACGUGCUUGUCAUUGGCUGUUGCUAUGCAACACGAAGAGUUCGUUGCACAUUCGUGUUGUCAGUCAAUAAUGACCGAGAUUUGGAUGGGUGCAAUGAGAGCCGGGAAGUGGUCAACUUUGAAGACAGUCCUUGGCAUUCUUGUACCUCCCUUUAUAUUCACUCUGGAAUUUAAGUCCAGAAAAAAAAUGUCUUCAAUGCCGGUCACCUAUGAGGAAUUUGAAGCGGAGAGAAUGGAUACUAGAAACCAGGCCUCGCAACAAGUGAACUAUAUGAACCACAGCUACGAGAACGGAGCUGAUGUUGAGCCUACGGUACAGAUAAGUGGGAGGCAAGAUAGCGAUCGCAUCAGCCUGUCAGACAACCACAUCAUUAAAGAGUCUCCUUCCCAGAUCAGUUGUGUUAAAAAACUCUACGAAUUCCAUCGAGCACCUGUCACAAAAUUCUGGGCAAAUCUGAUUGUCUAUCUCAUGUUUUUGAUGUUAUUUGCUCAUCUUGUGCUACUAAAGCUAGAACCCUUUCCCAAACCACUUGAGUGGCUUUUGAUAGUCUUCGUGGUAACGUUGUUACUGGAAGAGAUACGUCAGGUUGUUCAAUCAUUACCUUGUACCCUUUUCAAGAAGAUCAAGGAAUGGGCUUCCAAUAACUGGAAUAUCUGUGAUUUUUUCGGAAUCGUCCUGUUUUUUGUUGCUGUUGUCUUACGGUUCAAUCCCAAGACUCUUGCAAUCGGCCACAUUGUUUACAGCCUUGAUAUUAUGCUGUGGAUUAUACGGCUAUUGGAUAUUUUCUGUGUCAACAAGGAUUUGGGCCCAUACGUUGUUAUGAUUGGUCGAAUGACAGUAGACAUGUUGUCAUUCCUUCUCAUCAUGCUUGUGUUCUUGUUGGCGUAUGGUAUUGCGCAACAAGCAAUUCUCUUUCCUAACGAAGACCCUUCAUGGGAACUCAUCUCCAAGAUCCUCUUCCGUCCGUAUUUCCAAGUUUAUGGUGAACUAUUCAUUGAAGAAGUAGAUUAUUCAAAAAACCCAGAGCAAACACCCUUCAAUACGCCAAGUUACGAUGCUUAUGGAGGUCGCCUUGUUACCUUUAUCAUGGCUUUCUAUCUGCUUGUGGCCAACAUACUUCUACUUAACCUGCUGAUUGCUAUAUUCAACAACACGUUCUCAAUGGUACAAGCAAAUGCGAACCAAAUAUGGAAGUUCCAGCGGUAUCAGCUGGUUAUGGAGUAUGCGCAAAGACCACUUCUUGUCCCUCCAUUCAUCGUCCUGGGUCACUUGUAUAGACUUCUUAAGACCUGUUGGAGGCGAAGCACUAAUGGAAGGAAAAAAGUCGAUAGAAAGUUAAAGCUGUUUUUGACCAAAGAUGAACUCAACAAGUUAAUGCUGUUUGAAGAACAAUGCACUGAGAGUUACUUGCAGAAAAAGGCUAAGGUGUUUAGUGCCACUCAGGAGGAACGAGUCAAGGGUAUAUCUGACAGGGUUGAUUCCAAUGCGUUUCAACUUGACAAAAUAUCUAAAGUAGUUCAUUCUCUGGAAGAUCGACACAGUAAACUAGAAGAAUACACGUUGCAAAUACUAGAUGUCGUGGGACAUCUACAGCUAAUGUUUCCGCAGACCUUGGCAGAACACGACGAAGAAACUCUCGAUUCAAACGGUAACGAACAAGAUGACACAAGAGGACAUACUUUAGAGGGUGCUGGAUACGAUAGGUACAUUAUCCAAGAUGAUCGCACAGGUCCUGUUUUCGAUCGAAUGGUUAGCAUGCCUGCCUAUAUGCACCAGCAAGUCCCUUCUCCCCGAUCGAGUCCACGAAUGUACUUCAGAACCAAGCUGCCCCUGACCAAUCCAUAUCAGUAUCGCAAGCAAUUCAAUACUGGUGGAAGCAGCGUCAAAAAGGCCAUUCAAAAAUUCCGUAGUAACACCUUGCCCAGGAAUAUCUCAAAAUCAGAAGAUACUCACCCAGAAACGAAGGCGGAAUAUGAUCAGAAAGAUGGCUACCCUGCUACACCAAGCAGAGGAUCAAAUCUGAGUCAAAAAAGAGCUGAGAGUCUGGACACACCUAAUGAACUUGAAGUUCCUCGAAGACCUGCUCGCCCUCGUUCAAGCACCAUGCCUUCAUCAUCACGCAAUCCAACUGAAUACGACAAUAUAUCACAUGACCAUGAUCUCCACAUCAGGGCAAGGCAGUCACCGUAUCCUAACUCCGACCUUCAUCGCUAUCCAGUACCAGACUUUCUUGUUGAUUGGCAGAUGCCAUUUCCUGGUUAUUUCCCUGUCAAUCAUUCGGAUCCCUCUGUUAGUGUCAGCCCUAACUGGGCUGAUGUCGAUAUAUCAGACCCUUUCUACCAAGAGGUACAGUUAAGAUUUAACACUGUGGAUAAUGGCGUGGACAGGAGAAGCCACAUGGGGGUUUACAAUCUGUUUGAUGGAAUACCGCGGAAUCCCAUGGGAAGAACAGGCCUUGGUGGCCGAGGACUUCUUGGAAGAUGGGGACCGAAUCAUGCCGCUGACCCCAUCGUAACGAGGUGGAUGAAAAACGAGGAAAAUGAAUUUUUCCAACGCGCAGGGAAGCGUGUUCUGGAGUUCGUUGCCAUUCAGCGAUGUGACUGUAAAGAAUGGGCAAUACCUGGCGGAAUGGUCGAAGUUGGUGAAACCAUAAGCGAAACGCUGAAGAGAGAGUUCUGUGAGGAAGCACUGUGUUCACUCGAGGACACCGAAGAAGAAAGAAAGGAAAAAUGCGCUCGAAUAAAACAGUUUUUUGCUAAGGGAACUGAGAUUUAUAAAGGCUACGUUGAUGAUCCACGAAAUACUGACAACUCUUGGAUGGAAACGGUUGCAAUUAAUUUUCACGAUGAAACGGGUGACAUUUUGAAUGACAUCCAGCUCAAGGUAGCUCUGCUUUAAUGAACUAAUUAGCUUAUGGGCUAUGUAGCGGUAGUUUGAAAAAAGUGAUCAUUAGUUUGGUAUUUCCUCUACACACAAUACACACAAUACACACACGCAAGAAAAAAGAAAAAAGAAA